UUCGAAUUACGUUUGGAGCUGCUGAAUUUGGUUCAUCAAUCUGAAUCGUUUUGGGUAUUCUUCUUCGUUCUUGUUCAAAUCGUUCUUUUAUUUCAAUCUUUCUUAAGAUGGUCUGCUUGGUUCCUCGUACCGGAAGGCACUUGCAGCGAUAUGAUAACUUGGGCCGCCGCCAAGUUGUCGGGUGAGUAUUUGUUCUUUUCUGAAAUGGAUUUUUGGUCAGAUUUUUCAUGCUGGGACUGUUUCCAGUCCAUGUUUUUCUUUUCCAUAAACGAAACCUCGUUGAUUUCUUCAAAUUUGACGAUUUGCAGAAGCAUUCCCUAUAGAUACAAAUCCACCAGUGAUGGAACCACUAGUAAUGAUCUCGAAGUUCUUGUAAUCUCUUCCCAAAAAUGUCAAAAAAUGAUGUUCCCCAAGGGUGGUUGGGAGCUCGAUGAAUCUAGAGAAGAAGCUGCACUAAGAGAAUCACUUGAAGAAGCUGGUGUUCUAGGCAUUGUCGAGUGUGAACUGGGGAAAUGGGAUUUCAUAAGCAAAAGACAUGGCACAUUUUAUGAAGGCUAUAUGUUCCCUUUGCUUGUGAAAGAAGAACUUGACUUCUGGCCAGAACAAAAUCUCAGACAAAGGACUUGGAUGAAUGUUGAAGAAGCAAGGGAUGUUUGUCAGCAUUGGUGGAUGAAGGAAGCUUUAGACAUAUUGGUUCAAAGACUAAACACAGUGGACCAACAAAAUGAACAAAAAUUUCCCAAUUUGUGCACUGAUUUAGCAGCUAAAAUCUCCCAAUUUGUGCACUGAUUUAGUAGCUGGGAAAUGCUAGGAAAAUAACUGUAAAUUAUUGGGAUGCAAAUUACGUGGAGAGAUUCUAUGUCGA